CACAUAUUUUACAUCAUAUGAAGUUGAAAGUGUUUUGGAAAAAAAAGUCAACAGAUGCUUUAGGUAAUCAAAUCAAUAGUUUGACACAGACACAAGAACAGACAAAUUUUAUUAAGCAAAAACAAGGUUUAUUAACACUGGGGAAGCAUGGCUUCCUACGAGAGCCUAGGCGAGCUAUGCAAAAAGUUAUUUGUUAUGAACAAAGAUGUAGUGGACGCUGGAAUCUCGCUCAAAGAAUGCGAUUUCAACUAUAUCCCGGUCUUGGUUGCAUUCUUGGCGUUGGUAAUUAUCAACAUUAGAGUCUGGGACAGGUUCAGACUACCGGAAAACAUUGUACAGCCUCCGUUCGAUGCCGUCGUUCCUUGUAUCGAGGCUGCAGGGCACUGGGUCUUGUCUAACAUUCUGAUGACGUUUGUGCUGUACAUCCACAGGAUUAUUUACAACAGCCUCACUCCGUCUGAACAUAAGACUAAAUCUUGGCACGAGAAUAUUAGCAAUUAUUUAAGAGGCAUCCGCCAUGAUAAAACAAUGCCGAUUGAGCAGUUUCCAUAUAUUCCAUUUCUAAUAACUCUUUGUAUAUCUUUUGUUUUUCUCAUUGCUUCUUUAUCAGUGAAUAAAAAACGCUAUACAAUGAAAAACUUUUAACCACAAUCUGAAACAUAACUAA